GUAACAGCCAGAAGCUGCCAACGUUAGCACACAUUGAAUCACAAGAUCUCCGAAGGGCUUCUUUGUGGUGGUUGUAAUACUUUGUGAAAAUGUCUGGAAAGAUUGUGCUGUAUUACUUCGAUGGAAGAGGGAAAAUGGAGUCAAUCCGCUGGCUUUUGGCUGCAGCUGGAGCUGAGUUUGAGGAGGUAUUUCUCACCAAAAGGGAGCAGUAUGAAAAGCUGAUCAAUGACGGAGCCCUGAUGUUUCAGCAGGUGCCUUUGGUUGAAAUUGAUGGAAUGCAGCUUGUGCAGACAAAGGCGAUCCUAAACUACAUUGCUGGAAAAUACAACCUCUAUGGAAAGGACCUCAAAGAGCGGGCAAUGAUUGACAUGUACGUUGAAGGAAUUGGUGACAUUAUGGAUAUGUUUCUACCGCUGUUUUUCAUAGCACCUGAUGCCAAGCAGAAACAACUGGAUAACAUAGAGAGCAAGUCAAAAGGCCGCUUGCUUCCAGUCUUUGAAAAGGCUCUUGCAAACAGUCAGUUCCUUGUUGGAAACCAGUUAAGCCGCGCCGAUGUUCUUCUCCUUGAGAUCACUCUGAUGUUGCAGGAAUUUUUCCCUACAAUACUUUCGACCUUUCCCAAAAUUCAGGAAUUCCAGGGCAGAAUAAAGGCCUUACCAAAUAUAAGCAAAUUCCUACAGCCUGGCAGUGCAAGAAAGCCCGUACCUGAUGAGGCUUAUGUGAAAACCGUCAUGGAGGUGUUGAGUCACCUCUUCAAAUAGGAGACACAUAAACAAAACAUGCCAAGUCAUGAGCCAGAAAUAUGAAUUUGUUUAAUCAUUAAAGAAAAUUUUUAUACAUUCA